GGGCAGCCGGCAGCCCGGCGUCAAGCACCCAGCACCAUGGCAGACACACACAGCCUUUACCUCCAAGGGAUUGAAGACUCCACCUCGCAGUUCUUGGAAAUUUGGCACCACUACGAUCAUGCUGGUCAUGGCUAUAUUGCCGGAAGAGAUUUGCAAAACUUCAUUCGAGAACUGCAGCAAGCCCGGAAAGGCGCCGGCUUAGAAUUAUCUGACGAGAUGAAAGCUUUGGUGGAGAAAUUCGACCAGAGCGCCGAGGGAAAAAUAGAACUGGCAGAUCUUAUCCAGAUUCUGCCGACAGAGGAAAACUUCUUCUUAUUCUUUCGUCAACAGUUGAAGUCGAGCACAGAAUUUAUCGAGACUUGGCGAAGAUAUGAUGAAGAUCAUAGUGGCUUCAUAGAGGCAGAUGAGCUGAAGAGUUUUCUUCGAGACUUACUGAAGAAAGCAAAAAGGCCCUUUGAUGAAGUGAAGCUGGAGGAGUAUACCCUGACCACGCUCAAAAUGUUUGAUUCAAAUAAUGAUGGAAAGCUGGGACUGGGCGAAAUGGCCAGGUUACUUCCUGAUAAAGAGAAUUUUCUCCUCAAAUUUCAGGGGGUGAAUAUGUCUUCAAAAGAAUUUAAUGAUAUCUUUGAUUAUUAUGACCAGGACAGCAGUGGAUAUAUCGAUGAACAUGAAUUAGAUGCACUACUAAAGGAUCUCUGCGAAAAGAACAAACAGGACCUAGACAUUCAAAAUCUCGCAACAUACAAGAAAAACAUCAUGGCUUUAUCUGAUGCAGGAAAACUCUUUCGGAAAGACUUGGCAUUAAUCCUCUGUGCUGAAGAAUUUUAAAUAUCUCGCAUUCUCGUGUGCUUGUG